AUGGGCGCCGAGGCGGCGUCGAGUUCCCCCGCGUCCUGGUGGGCGCCGGCCAACGCAUCGGGCUGCCCGGGCUGCAGCGCCAACGCCUCGCAGGGCGCGGCGCCUGCUGCGUGGCCGGUGGACGCCUGGCUGGUGCCGCUCCUGUUCGGGGCACUCAUGCUGGUGGGCCUGGCCGGGAACUCGCUGGUCAUCUACGUGGUCUGCCGCCAGAAGCGGAUGCGGACCGUGACCAACUUCUACAUCGCCAACCUGGCGGCCACCGACGUGACCUUCCUGCUGUGCUGCGUGCCCUUCACCGCCCUGCUCUACCCGCUGCCCGCCUGGGUGCUGGGCGCCUUCAUGUGCAAGUUCGUCAACUACAUCCAGCAGGUCUCGGUGCAGGCCACGUGCGCCACGCUGACAGCCAUGAGCGUGGACCGCUGGUACGUGACGGUGUUCCCGCUGCGCGCCCUGCACCGCCGCACGCCGCGCCUGGCGCUGGGCGUCAGCCUGGGGAUCUGGCUGGGCUCGGCGGCUGUGUCAGCGCCGGUGCUCGCCCUGCACCGCCUCUCGCCUGGGCCGCGCACCUACUGCAGCGAAGCCUUCCCCAGCCGCGCGCUCGAGCGCGCCUUCGCGCUCUUCAACCUCCUGGCGCUGUACCUGCUGCCGCUGCUGGCCACCUGCGCCUGCUACGGGGCCAUGCUGCGCCACCUGGGCAGGGCCGCCCUGCGCCCAGCGCCCGCCGACGGCGGCUUGCAGGGGCACCUGCUGGCGGCGCGCGCGGGGGCCGUGCGGGCCAGGGUCUCCAGGCUGGUGGCGGCCGUGGUCCUGCUCUUCGCGGCCUGCUGGGGCCCCAUCCAGCUGUUCCUGGUGCUGCAGGCGCUGGGCCCCGCCGGCGCCUGGCACCCGCGCAGCUACGCCGCCUACGCGCUCAAGACGUGCGCGCACGGCCUGUCCUACAGCAACUCGGCGCUCAACCCGCUGCUCUACGCCUUCCUGGGCUCGCAGUUCCGACGGGCCUUCCGCCGCGCGUGCCCCUGCGCGCCGCGCCCGCGCCCGCGCGCGCCCGCGCCCCCAGACCCCGCCAGGGCUCCGCGGCCGCGCGCUCCGGGGGAGCCCCCCGCCCCUCGCUGA